AUGAGUCUCUUAGUAUGGAACUGUCACGGGCUUAGGAACCUGCGUACAGGGAAGGAGCUUGAAGUAUUGAUUCGGGCUAAAGAUCCCUCCGUCCUGUUUUUAGCCGAAACAUGGGCGGAUGAAGCUAGGCUAAAAGAAAUUCAAAGGAAUAUUAAGUUCGAUAAUCUGUUUUACGUGGAUAGAAAUCCUAGAGGUGGUGGGGGACUGGCUCUGUAUUGGAAAAAUUCCUUUGAUGUUCAUGUGGAUUCUUUUUCUAAAUAUCACAUAGAUUCAAUAAUCAAUAAAGGAAGUGAUGAAGCAUGGAGAUUCACAGGUUUCUAUGGUGAGCCGGCAACACACAAAAGGAUUGAAGCUUGGAACAAACUUCGCUUACUCAAUAAUAAACAUGAACUUCCUUGGCUUUGUGCUGGAGACUUUAAUGAAAUCGCCAGACACUCAGAAAAAUUGGGAGGCAAUAACAGAAGUCAAGCUCAGAUGCAACUUUUCAGGGAUGUCAUUGAUGAGUGUGGAUUUCUUGACCUUGGGUAUGUGGGAGAGCAAUUCACAUGGAGAAAGCAUUUUGCUGAUGGACACUCACUAUGGGAGAGACUGGACCGAGGGUUAUCCAACCAUGAUUGGUUCAUGAAAUUUUCGGGUACAAAAAUACACCACUUGCAUUCAGACUCCUUUGAUCAUUCUCCUUUGUGGAUCACCUUGGAUGGUUUAGACAUCCCGACUUUCUCAAAACCAUUCAGGUUUGAAGAAAUGUGGCUCUCGGAUCGAGGGUGUUCAGAUAUUGUAGAAGCGGUGUGGCUAUCUAGGGAAGACAAAGCUGCUCAUGAUCAUGUAAUUCGUAAAAUAGAUAAAUGUGGCAAAGAGUUAAGAAUAUGGAACAGGAACUGUUUUGGCAAUGUUAGAAUGGUGUUGAGCCAUAAAGAGAGGAAUUAA